UAUAGCAAGUUGCUGGUAGAUUUCCAUCGCAAGCAUGGCCGAUUCCAGAAGGAAGACCGUGCUUUGCCGCCACUUCGCGGCCGGCACCUGCCGAAGGGGCUCCUCCUGCAGCUAUGCGCACGGCGAAGCAGAGCUGGCGAAGAGGCUCUGUGGUUAUUUCCUCACACCGGGUGGCUGCAAGCAGAGCGACAGUUGCAGCUUCUCCCAUGAGUUCAGUGAGGCGGAGAUCCAAGCCGCAGAAACUGCAAGGGCUGAGAGAUCUACUGAUGCCAAGGGAAAGCGCAUCUGCAGGUUCUUCUUGGACGGGCGAUGCAACAAAGGCUCGUCGUGCACUUUUUCCCACGACGGUGAAGAAGAGAAAACUGAUGAGGCCCCCACAGCUGCUGGUGAUGAUGUCGCAUCAGAUCCUGAAUCAGGAGAUAUCCCCGACAGUCCUGAAGUGGUGCCGGCAGCAGCUGAUGGUGCAAAGUCCAUAAUGAAAGCGAAGGUGACCCGAGUCCAUGAGGAAAAGAGCCUGGUGCAUCUACUGACGGAUGUAGGUGACUCUCGUGUGGUGAACCUGAAAUCCUUUACAGAACUUUGGCCCAUGCCACCUUUGUGCGGUGAUCGCAUCUCCUUCCCUCCGCCAGCUGGUGGUCCCACGUCACGAUGGAUCCUCCCAACCUUGGAAGCCAUGGCCUCCAGCGACGGUUCCAACGGUUCCCUGGACUUGGCCUCGAACUUCCUGAAGUCCAUACAGCUUGGCUAUGAAGAGCAAGGUUCCAAUGUUUUGAUGAGGAGUGACAUGUAUUGCCAGCCCUACCUGGCUCUCUUGUUGGGCACCAAAUUGGCUCGCAACGCCAAGUCCGUGUCCCUGGCGAAGCGGCUUCUGGACUUCCUUCAAGGCAUCCUUCCAGCUUGCCGUGGACAUGGCAGUUCAGCCAGUGAACCAGGACUACUUCUGAAAAUCCUUCAGUCACGUCUGUGGCAACGUGAAACGCCAAAGCUCUUCCAAUACGAUGGCAUCGAUGGUUUUGGUGAUGGUAGCGAAAGGAGCCUAAGAGAUUCGGCGACAAGCGUUGUCAAUCAGAUGUUGCAAGUGGUUCCUCGCUAUGCGUACUUAGUGAAGCCUGUGCUGCUAGCCAUGAUGAAACCACAAGAGAGUAUUCUGCAGUUGCUGAAUGCCAUGAGCGAUCGCCUGGCUUUGGAAGAUGGUUUCUUCCAAUGCGCCACAUCUUGGCGGCAGCUACCAUUGGUGCCACAGAUUCUGUCAGAAGACUUGUCUGACUUACAAGAUUUGCCAGAGGUGGCAUGGAUGUAUGAUGGCGUUUCAGACUACUUGGAUACUUAUUUCCGUCUCCUGCGUGCCGACUGCUUCGCUCCCUUGCAAAAGGGCAUCCGUGACUUCUUAAACGGCAGCCUGGAUCCCCGGGACAUGCGGCUGUUCCGGGCUUCGGCCCAGCAGUUCCACCUGGUGCGAGGAUCCAAGGGUUUGGUGGCUUCAAUGGAGUGUAGCAACAUCUUCAACUAUGCCGUGCCAUUUCCGGCGCGUGUUCUCAUGCCCAGUAACCUGGUCUGUUUGUCCAUCAGCGAGGCGCCCUUCGCGGAAGUGCUUUGGGGUCGAGUUGCAGAAAGACCUUCGGAUCGAGCGGCGCAGAAGAAAGAGACCAUGGUUGUGACCAUCGAGUUCCUGGAUGAUUUGAACCGCAUUGACCGCAGCAGUUUCAUUUCGCCCGGAGGGUUGAUUUUGGCCGAGAGUCCUGUUUUCUUCCUCUCGUUUGGUCCAGUCUUGCGACGUCUACAGGGCCUCACAGCUGGAGAUCAUGGGACGCUGCCACUGGCCUCGUGUUUGCUUGGAAAAGCCAUGAGUGCAGAGGAUGCACGGCAACCCCUUCCAUGGAGUGACUUUGCGAUGGACUCCUUAGGCCGUGCGAUUGAGUCCGGUCAGCGCGUCUUCGACGACUCGCAACGGACGGCCUUGGAGGUGAUCUUGACCUCCACCUUGUCAACAAUUCAAGGACCUCCGGGGACUGGGAAGAGCUUCACUGGGGUAGAGGCGAUCCGACACCUGCUGACGGUCCCAAGCUACUUGCUGUGUGGCGUGGAGCCGGAGGAGCUGCGGGGAGGCCGUGGGGCACGGAGCCUGUUUGAUUCCGAUGGAUCAUCUGAUGAGAGCUCGAGGGAGGAGGAUCUGCAUGAUCUGUUGCACAGGCCUUUCGAGAAGAAGAUGAGAAUUCUCGUCUUGACUUUCAAAAACCAUGCCCUGGAUGAGUUUCUCCUGGAUUGUCGCAAGCAUUGUCCAGAUGCAGACAUCGUUCGCAUAGGUGGUCGGUCUGAGAGUGAGCAGCUCAAGGCUUUGAACCUUCAAGCGAGGGCCAAAGAGAAGAGCAAAGGUCACGAGACUGGAAAGAUGCUACGGUCCUUGAUUGAACGGAAGAAUGCUCUCAAACCACAAAUCCAGAGGGCACUGGAUGGGCUUUCAGAGAAGUUAGACCCCUUUCAACUAUUUUGGCAGCACGCUCCGAUGGAACAGAAACUGUCUCUAUUGGAUGGAUGUCCCUUGGCUUGUGGGAGUCGCCCAGCGUUUCAGAAGCAGCGUCACCUACAACACCAUGAGCAGAUCCGGGAGAGCAUCCUCUUGGGCGAGACCUUUGCGCCGGACGAGUUUCGCAGCUGCUUCCGUCGCUGGUGUCCGUCGGCCAUGUCCCCCCGGCCGGGAGGGGGACGGGCAGAUGCCAAGUCAGCGAAAGGAAAAGGAAAGGAAGCGGAGAUCAGCGAUGAAGAAGCAGAGGAGGAAGUCAAAGAACGGCAAGCUUUCCAAGAGCGACUGGAGAAGUUGUGCACUUGGAGCGCAGAAAAUUUAAAAGAUGUCCUGGUCUAUUCGCCAGGCACAGUUUCCAACCAGAGAUCUGCCACUGGCGUUGCUGGCGGCCUUUCCUAUGUUGAGAAGCUUUGGGAGUUGGACGAGCACAGCCGUGCGCGAAUUUUGGGCAUUUGCCUUCGGAAUGAGACCAGCACAUCAUGGCCAGUGGUAGAGUCCUUGUGCCAGGAAAAUGAUGACCUACAGGCUCGGAUCAAUGAACUGGAAAGGUGCCACUUAGCUUCUGUUCUCCAACAAGCUGACGUUGUAGGCUGCACUAUUAGUGGGGCAUCUAUCAGGUGCGAUUUGCUGGCAGAUGUGAACUUUCCGGUGGUGGUAGUAGAGGAAGCCGCAGAAAUUUUGGAGCCACAGUUGCUGGCAGCUUUGCCGCCAUCCUGCAAACAGCUUGUUCUGAUCGGUGAUCAUUUUCAGCUUCGCCCGAAGAUACAAACUUUCCAGCUGGGCCGUGAGCGAAACUUUGAUCGAUCCAUGAUUGAGCGGCUCUUUGCAGGAGAGGCAAACUAUCCCAAGGCAGCUUUGAAGAAGCAGAACCGGAUGAGAGACGAGUUCCUUUGCUUGCUCAGGCCAUUUUACCCCAAACUUCUGACAAACCAUGAGCGUGUCAUGGGAAACGAUCCCCUGAGCAUUUGUCGGAAGUCGAUGUUCUUUGUGACAAUGAGGGAACAUUCCGAAGUGGAGGCCGCAGAGAGGCGUAGUCCAACAAAUCCACGAGAAGCCAAGAUGAUCUUGGACUUCACCAAGCACAUCCUUCGAGAAGGCUAUGAACCUCAAGAGAUCUCAAUCUUGGCAAUGUAUGAUGGUCAGGUUUCAUUGCUGCGAAAUCACCUGAGGAAUGAAGGAUUGGAACAAGUUCAAUGCUCUUCAGUGGACAGGUACCAAGGAGAUGAAAACCGCUUCGUGUUGAUUUCCUUGGUGCGUUCCAACGAUCAGUUGAAACUUGGCUUCGUGGGCGAGAGGAAUCGUCUCAUUGUCGCGAUGUCACGGGCUCGCUGUGGUGUGUACAUCUUUGGCAAUGAUCAGCUAAUGCAGGAGAAAUCCAAAGAGUGGAAACUGGUACUCAAUGCGCUGGAGGAAGAAGGUUGUGUUGGCGCAAAGCUUCCACUGAUGUGCCCGCGACACGUGGAACUUGACUUGGAAGUCGGCCAGCAAUGCCACCAUGUUUGCAAUGCUGUCCUCCCCUGCGGCCAUUCCUGCCGUCAGCCUUGUCAUAGGGAAGGGCAUCAUCCAGACUGUGAUCAAGAGGUGCUUGUCACCCUGCCUUGUGGCCAUGAGCGUUCCUGCAAGUGUUCCGAGAAGGAAGGUGCCUCCGAGAAGUUGAAAUGUUCAAAGCUGGUGGACUUUCGCCAUGACGUUUGCCAGCAUCCUGAUACCAGGUGCAGGGAGGAGAGUCAGGUUCCUUGCUACAUCAAGAAGGCAUACCGUACCAAGAGUUGGGUGUGGGUCAAAAUCACGGCACCCUGGAACUGGGAUGGCAAUUUCCAAGGCCACCACUCAUGCAGCUUGCAGUGCUAUGAUGAUUGCGACAAAGGGCUGGACGACUGCCAGCUGUGUCAGGCAGAAAGAGAGAAGGUGAAGGAACAGAAGCUGGAAGAAAUCCAGAAGGCAUUGGCGGAGAUGGACGCCCCCGACUUCACAAGUUUUGACGAGAUUCAGCUUGACGGUUCAAGGGAACACAUGGAAGUCCAACAGCAUUUGCAGGCUUAUUUCCCAGAAGCCAACUGGAAAGUGACGCUCCAGCAGUGCCAUCGGGUGAAGAACAACCCCUUGCACAAGAGGUUCUUACAACGGCACCGGUUCAUCAACUGCCCCGCCGAUUCGAAACUGCUGCUGGUAGAGAUGGCUUCGGAGGAGAUGGCUCAGUUGGCGGCCUUUGGAGGAUUGGCAGAAGGCCUUGGCACCAGGAAGGGAAAAGGCAAAGGCAAAACGAUUCAAGCAAGGCACGCGGACUUUUUCCUGUCCAGCAGAUUGGAGCGGCGCGAUGUGGGUAAGAACGGCAAAUGGAUGCACCUGGCCUUGUGCCGUGUGCAGUGUGGUCGGGUGUACGACCUCGGCAAGCCGCACCACACACGGAAACUCAAUGACAAGCUUUGUGAUGGUUUUGACUCUGUCUACGAUGAUGAGAAAUGCUGCUACCGGCUCAGUCAGGCCAACAUUCAGCUGGCCUUGCCUCUCUUCACCAUGGAGGUCUUCGUAAAGAUUAGGACUUCCAUGGCGGAGGUGCCUUUGUAUUGGAGCCCUGAUGUUGCUACACCCUUCGGCUUGGUCCAAGUGACGCAGGCCGAAGGUUCUGCCCUGAAAGAAGCCUUGAGGCCCGGAGGAAGUCUGGGAGGACGGGAUCGCCGGGAAGAUGGCGAUUACAGGGGCUUCAAGCUGAAGGAGGCUUGGCGCUUGGAACAUCCUGGCCUCUGGGGCAAGUAUGCGGCAGAGAAGCAGAAUAUGGCCAGCCAGUUGCUGCACAUCUCACGUGACUUGCCUUCUCCAAAGCUGCGGGCGGAGAUGGUGCGAGCAACUGCGCAGCUGCCCGCAGAACUGGAUGAGUCCUUGAAUGAAGUGUACCUAUCUCACGGCACAAAACCAGAGAGUUUGCUGAACAUCUUGGCCGGUGGUCUCAACGAGCGAUUCUCUGGAGGCCUGUUUGGAAAUGGCACGUACCUGGCUGAGGAUGUGGCGAAAAAUGACCAAUACUGCACUCGCGAUGAGAAAUACGGCAAUUACAAGGACCUUCACCGUCACCUGUUCGAUUUGCCCAAGGCGAAGCAUCCAGGAGACAUUUUUUACGUGAUCUUUUGCCGAGUCGCACUGGGUCACUUUGUGCGGACACUGGAUGCCUCGAUUGACAUGGAUGAUGGCGCUCAGCGAAGUGUUUGGUCGAAAGCGGAGCGGGAGCUGGCAACAAUCAAAGGCACGCAAACUCUUCAUCAUUCUCUGCUUGCGGAGACUGGAGGGCGCAUUCAUCGCUUCCGCGAAUUCAUCAUUUUCCAUGGAGAUCGCAUCUACCCUGAAUAUGUGGUGGCGUACAGACGCGAAUAG